CUUUUUAAUGGGAAUUAGUUGGAAGGGGAGGACCACAUCCCCCCGCUUUGGUUCGGCGCACAGCCCCUGUUUCUGGAAUAUUUUUCCACUCGCAUCGAUUCCACUCUCCUAUUACUGCUCCUCCUCUUCCUCUCUUCUCAAUUCAUUCAUUAAUCAAUUCUCUCUCUUUCUCUCACUCUCUGACUCUCUAUCCCUGCUGCGUGUUUGCUUUGGAGAAGUAGAGUGGUAGGGAGAAAGAGGUGGCAGAGGCAGAACAGCAGCAUGCUGCACGCAGAGAGGGAUCCUGUAGCCCAAUCAAACCGCCAGUUUUGAUUCUGAUGAGAGAAGAGGCGGAGCGGGAGUAGAGUUCAUCUGAAAAGUUGUGGCCCGGCUGUGGGACUCUGCAGGGGAGAAAGAAAGAAAGGUGUUGGGAUUCGUACCAAUCCCAGAUAAGCCACUCAACAAAAAGAUUGUAGCGAUAAGUAGAGGAGGAGGAGGAGGAGAAGAGAAGAGAAAUUAAAGAAAGAAGCAUGGAUGGUGCAUGGCCAUGAGGCGGCUGUUGAGGGCGUUUUUACGAAGAGAUAUAGGAGAAAGGAGAGACCUUUGCUAUUGAUGUUAUCUUUCCCACCUGCUUUUCUUUUAUAAUCUUUCUUUCUUUAUUCCUCUGGCUUUCAUAGAUUAGUUUACGGAAGAGGGAGAAAGAUUUGAUGGGGAGAGAAAGGGUUUUCUUUCUUUGGUCUGUGGAAAGAGCUACUGCUUGAUUCUCAUAUUUAAAUUCACUGGAAAAGGAUUUAAUUCUCGAUGGCUUAUGAUCAGUCGGGGCAUCACGCGACCUUGGGUUACACCGAUUUCUCCUCCGGCGCCGGCGCGAUGCAGGGCUUUCAGUCGAGCCAGGAGCUGUACGGCCUGCAGCAAGCGGCUGCGGGGAUGGACGUCGUGGGGCGAACCUUCUUUCCCCCGGUCGCCGCCGCCGCCAGCUCCUCCGCCGCCGCCGCACCGCCGAUGAGCGAGCAUCUGAUGUGCCCGUGGCCGCCGGCGCCGCAGAAUCGGAUGCUCGUCGACGUCGACCACUCCGCCGCGAGGUUUCUAUUUCCGGCGGCACCGCAGUGCGAGCCGCCACCCAUGGCCCUCGCCAACACCAGCGGCUUGUCCCUGUCCUUAAACCACGCUCUAACCAAUUCAAGAGAUCACCACCACCACCACCACCAGCCGCCCCAGCUGCUGAAGAACUCCAAGUUCUUGAUUCCAGCUCGGGAGCUACUCAACGAGUUCUGUAAUCUCGAAAUCGCCGCCGCCGCCGGCGUCAGUAGCGGAUCUUCCAAGCUCAAGGCAGCUAGCAAAAACAAGCAGCAGUGGGAGGGAGGAGGUCCCUCUAGCUCCUCCACUCCCGCCAACCACUCCACCCUUUACACCUUGAACGUCCAUGAGCUUCAAGCCCGGAAGGCCAAGCUCCUGGCCAUGCUAGAAGAGGUGGACAACCGGUACAGAAGAUAUCGCGAGCAGAUGCGGGCCGUGGUGGCGUCGUUCGAGGGGGUGGCCGGCGAGGGGGCGGCGACGGUCUACUCCGCGCUGGCGUCGAAGGUGAUGUCGAGGCACUUCCGGUGCCUGCGGGACGGGAUCGCGGAGCAGGUGCAGGCGAUGCGGCGGGCGAUGGGGGAGAAGGACGACGCGGUCGCGCCGGGGACGACCCGCGGCGAGACGCCGAGGCUGAAGAGGAUCGACCAGUGCCUGCGCCAGCAGCGGGCGUUCCACCACGCCGGCAUGAUGGAGAGCCACCCCUGGCGGCCGCAGAGGGGCCUCCCCGAGCGCUCCGUCUCCAUCCUUCGUGCAUGGCUCUUCGAGCACUUCCUCCACCCGUAUCCUAGCGACGUUGAUAAACACAUAUUAGCUCGGCAAACUGGACUCUCCAGGAGUCAGGUAUCGAAUUGGUUUAUAAACGCUCGGGUACGGCUAUGGAAGCCGAUGGUGGAGGAGAUGUACAUGGAAGAAACGAAGGACAGCGAGAUGCAAACGUCGGCGCAACUGGACGACGCCGCCGACGAUAACAAUGACAACAACCACGCCGCUGGCCGGGGUCUGCUUUACAACCCCCUGCAGCUGGAGAUGGACGAGGAGCAGAAGCCGGGAGCAGGACAGCUGCAGCUUCCCGACCCGGACUCCCUCUCCUGGGUCAUCAGCGGCCACGACGGCGCCGGCAGCAGCAAGGGCUACCAAAACCCUAGCGAGAGCUUCGGCGUCAUCGACAUCGACUUCGCCUCGUACGGAGGCGGCGCCGGGCCGGGAAUGCCGCACGCCGGCGGCGUGUCCCUCACUCUCGGCCUGCAGCAGCACGACGGCGGCGGGGGAACCGGGAGGCCGGGCGUGAGCCUGUCGUUCUCGCCGCCGGCGACGCAGCUGCUCGCGAGGGAGGCGCAGAUGGGGGAGCGCCAGGCGGCCGGGAGCCACCAGUUCUCCUCGAUGAUGGAGGACGAGGCGCAGAAUGCGACGACGGUGUAUAGGAACCUGAUGGGAGCCCAUCAGCUGCUGCGGGACUUGGCCGGGUAAAUCGCAUCGAUCAAGUACAAAAAGUCAAACGGAGGUACGCAUAGUUUAAUGGAGCGAGGAGCAGAUCCAUCGUCGAUCUUUGUUUGUCGCCUACACACGCACACACGAUCGAGCCCCAUGCACGAGUUACUCCUUUAAUUAAUUCAACCUUGAUCAUGUCGUCGUAUAUCA